AGACAGUGCUAUUCAGACCAGCUAACGUCCGCAUCCAGUAUUCAGUGGCAGUUCUCAUAGCCCCAUCACACUGUUUGUGUCUAAUACAUGCAUCGCUUGACUAUCUUACCAUAGCCUGGCCCCACCCUCUAAUUACACAGCACAGCAGUAGUAGAGUCAGACAGAAGCGAGAUACAAUAGCAGAGGAAGAAGAGAGCAAGAGGAAGAAGCAGGGAGGCAGAAAUCUUCAGACUACUACAGCACACUGAAUGGUAGGCAAACAGUCAGUCGGUGUGACUAGAUGUGAGGCUGCUGGUCAGCUGCUCCCUGACGCCUCCUUUCCCCCUCCAGGACCCGGCACUGUUAAAUCAGCUGAGGACCCACUGAGCGGUUUCUAUUGGUCAUCACUAUGACUGAUGGGGAUUAUGACUACCUGAUAAAGCUCCUUGCCUUGGGAGACUCUGGUGUGGGAAAGACAACAUUCCUAUACCGAUACACAGAUAACAAGUUCAACCCCAAGUUCAUCACCACAGUUGGCAUCGACUUUAGGGAAAAAAGAGUGGUAUACACAGCUUCCAACCCAAAUGGAAUGACAGCAGGAAAGACCUUCAAGGUUCACCUACAGCUCUGGGACACAGCUGGGCAGGAAAGGUUUCGCAGCCUUACUACAGCGUUCUUCAGAGAUGCCAUGGGGUUUCUGCUAAUGUUUGAUCUCACCAGCCAACAGAGCUUCCUCAAUGUCAGAAACUGGAUGAGUCAGCUACAGGCCAACGCCUACUGUGAGAACCCAGACAUAGUGUUGGUUGGAAACAAGGCUGACCUGGCUGACCAGCGUGAGGUCCAAGAAAAACAAGCAAAGGAGCUGGCAGAUAAAUACGGGAUCCCAUAUUUCGAGACGAGUGCUGCAACUGGGGAGGAGGUGGAAAGGGCUGUGAUCACACUGUUGGACCUGGUCAUGAAGAGGAUGGAACAAUGUGUGGAAAAGCCGCCUACGGAGCCGUCUAAUGGCACGGGAUCGACAAAGCUCUCAACUGCACAGCCCGAUGAGAAGAAAUGUGCAUGCUAGAGCUCAAGUGCUUAAUCUGGAAGUGACCAAGUGUACUCUCUACUCGCCCCAUUUUCUUUGUCGUUCCUCAUUUUGCUUGCAUGCUUCUUUGGUGUCAUCUUGCGUGUCUCCUUUUUGGCCUUGAACUAAAAUUUACUUACCGUCUUCAUCUUUUUCACUAUUUCAUUCUAUUGCCUCAAGCCUCAAUGGGACUGGAGCAGGGCUAAAGUACUCAAGGUACUGCAGUUUGAUCACGCCAGUCUCAAUUCCGUUUUAGUUGUAAGGCCUGAUACGUACUGUUUCUCAUCUAACCUCCAGUUUCCUAUCCUGUUCCUUACUUUUCAUCACUUCCUAACAGGAAAAGGCUGCUUCCUGUUUCAGUUGCCUCUCAAACGAGUUUAAAUUAAAUCAAUGAGCCCACUUAAGUCCUUAACGGAUUGAUCAGCAUUGUAUUCUAAUGGUUAUUUGUUUGAAAGUGUUUGUUUUUGUGUUCUGCCUACCUGUAUGACGCCGUAAUGAUGAAUAAUGAAAAUGAUGACUUUUGCUUUUGUUCACUUCCACAAUUAAACUUCCUUAAAUUGGAGCAAAUGCUCUGGCGCUAUACACUGUCGUGUACAAAAGUCUUGGGUCUCCACUUGUUUCAUUGUUGUCAGAAAGUUUUGUAGCCGAAACUGCUAAAACCUAUAUUUUUGUGAUGAUCAAAAUGAAGUAUAGUAAUUUUUAUGCAGAUGUACUAAACUAGAGAACUAGAUACUUUCAUGUAGACAGUUUCAUAGCUAUAGAUUGAGCCCGUGCAACGCGGCAGUGCUAAAACUGCAAAUCUAAUGGUGGCCCAAGACUUUUAUAAAUAUACUGUGCAUAUUAACAUACAGGCAGUUUAUGAGCAGUUGCAUUUGUUUGGAGAAAUUGCCGGACGAAAAUUGUGUUUCUUAUUUGUACUGGAAAACAAAUACAUCUGGACUCACUGUACAUGAUUAUCACUUGAGUGUGACAAAAUGAUGCCUUGUCCUAAUGACUUCUAGCAAUGUACUGUACGUUUUUUUCCCGUCCAUUACACCUAGAAUGCAGACUCCAUUACAAACAUCUGCAGUGUUGUUUUUUUCACUUGGUUAUUUUCCAGUCAAGCCAACAAAGUCUUGAAUUUCUGUGUAAAAAGACUAUUUAUUUACACUUUAAUGCUUUCAGUCAGCUAACAUGUUUUUCCAAAACCUGUCUCACUUUAUACAUUGUUUUGUGCAAGUCAAUCAUCUAGCCAAAAUCAUAUGACACCUCUAUCUGCCUUAUAUUAUGGAAAAUGUGUGUUGAAGUGUUGAUUUGCACAAGAAACAGGAGUUAUCUUCUUGCUAUAUAUGAUUUAUGUUUCCCCAGUGAGGCAUUUGUAGGGAUCUCAAGCCUAAAAGUGCUGAAACGGUGGCAUCCAAGAGAGCAGUUUGUGUAUGGUGCCACUUUAUAUUAUAUGGCCCUUCCAUCAUAUGGAUACAGAUCGAAUUAUAUAUGAGAAAUUUAUGUUGUUUUUUUGUAUUGUGCACAAUGGGUGUGUUCGAAAGGUCUGUGUGACCUUAAGCUUUGGCUUCACUUUAUCACCUUUAAUCUGCCAAUGUGCCAAAUCCAAAUAAAAACUAACUUUACAAAAAACAGCAUUUCUUUUCAACUAAAGUAAACCUCAGAUAAAACGUACAGUGCUGUCCAAAAGUAUUGGCAUCCCUGCAAUUCUGUCAGAUAUUGCCCAAUUUCUCCCAGAAAAUGAUUGCAAUUACAAAUGCUUUGGUAGUAAUAUCUUCAUUUAUUCUGCUUGCAAUGAAAAAAAACACAAAAAUCAUUAUCAUUUUACACAAAACUCCAAAAAUGGGCCGGACAAAAGUAUUGGCACCCUUUGAAAAAUCACGUGAUGCUUCUCUAAUUUGUGUAAGUAACAGCACCUGUUACUUACCUGUGGCGCAUAACAGGUGGUGCUAAAUCAGCUAAAUCACACUUGUAGCCAGUUAAAAUGGAUUAAAGUUGACUCAACCUCUGUCCUGUGUCCUUGUGUGUACCACAUUGAGCAUGGAGAAAAGAAAGAAGACCAAAGAACUGUCUGAGGACUUGAAAAGCAAAAUUGUGAGGAAGCAUGGGCAAUCUCAAGGCUACAAGUCCAUCUCCAAAGACCUGAAUGUUCCUGUGUCUACCGUGCGUGUCUUCAAUAAGUGUAAAGCCCAUGGCACUGUGGCUAACCUCCAUAGAUGUGGACGGAAAAGAAAAAUUAACGAGAGAUUUCAACGAACGAUUGUGCAGAUGGUGGAUAAAAACCUUGACUAACAUCCAAAACAAGUUCAAGCUGUACUGCAGUCCAGGGGUACAAUAGUGUCAACCCAUACUAUCUGUCGGUGUCUGAAUGAAGAGGGACUUAACUGUAGGAUACCAAGGAAGACCCCACUUCUCACCCAGAGACAUAAAAAAGCCUGGCUGGAGUUUGCCAAAACUUACCAGAGAAAGACAAAAAUGUUUUGGAAAAAUGUUCUCUGGUCGGAUGAGACAGAUGUAGAGCUUUUUGGGAAAAGGCAAUAUACUGUUUACAGGGGGAAAAAAUCGAGCCCUUCAAAGAAAAGAACACGGUCCCCACAGUCAAACAUGGUGGAUGUUCCCUGAUGUUUUGGGGUUGCUUUGCCACCUCUGGCACUGGACUGCUUGACCAUGUGCAUGGCAUUAUAAGGUCUGGAGACUACCAACAAAUUUUGCAGUAUAAUGUAGGACCCAACGUGAGAAAGCUGGGUCUCCUUCAGAGGUCAUGGGUCUUCCAGCAGGACAAUGACCCAAAACACACUUCAAAAAGCACUAGAAAAUGGUUUGAGAGAAAGCACUGAAAAAUUCUAAGGUGGACAGCAAUGAGUCCAGACCUGAAUCCCAUAGAACACCUGUAGAGAAAUCAGAAAAUGGCAGUUUGGAAAAGGCACCCUUCAAAUCUCAGAGACCUGGAGCAGUUGACCAAAGAAGAAUGGUCGAAAAUUCCAGCAGAGCAUUGUAAGAAACUCAUUGAUGGAUACCGGAAGCAGUUGUUCGCAGUUAUUUUGUCUAAAGGUUGUGCUACCAAGUAUUAGGCUGAGGAUGCCAAUGUUGUUGUCAGGCCCAUUUUUGGAGGUUUGUGUAAAAUGAUAAUGGUUUUUUUUUUCUUUUGUGUUUUUUCAUUGCAAGCAAAAUAAGCAUUUUUAGUUGCAAUCAUUUUCUGGGAGAAAUUGAGCAUUAUCUGACAGAAUUGCAGGGGUGCCAAUACUUUUGGCCUGCACUGUACUUUCACAUUUCUUUGUGAGCGUGCUUGCAUGUGCGUGCCAACGUCCGAUAAGCGUGCCAUAUCAAAACACCGUGGUAGCAUCCUAACCCUUCCUAAGCAGAAGGGAUUUUGUAGUUUCCUAAAGAGCUGCUUUGCUUCAUGUUUAACCUUUUAUUUGACCAAAAGUUGGAUUGAGUCAAUAAACGUGCUACUGCAUCUUGUAAACUUCAGUACCUUUUUGUCAAGUUUUGUUUGUGUGUUUGUGAGCUUCUCCGUGUUUAAUUUUAUUUAGCAACUUAUGCAUCGAUUUUUUUUUUUUUUUUUCAUUAUAUAAUGAUCAUUCUGAGAUGGAACCUUUCCUAACUGAAUCUUAGACAAAUCCAAACUUAUCUUAGCUUUUAAGAUUCUUCAAUUAAUCCAAAGUAUGUAUUUAAUGGACUGUGACAAUUCUGUUCACUCCCAAUACAUCAUGUAUUUUGAUGGGAGAGAAAAAAACUAACUUUAAAAAUGACCGUGGUUAUGAAUGUUAAAACUGAGGGCAAUGUAACUUUUUUCCCAACUUGGAGCUUUUACAGGAGUGCUAAAACUUUAAUACAUGGGGAGGUUUUGACCAAUAGUAACAUAAUCCAAGUAUUUCCACUUUUUCACUCAUGUUAAAGGUCGGGCUUGCAUUUUUAUUAUAUUGAAGUUGAUUUGUUUUUUAAGUUUUUCUCAGCAACUUCUAUUUUGUUUUUAAAUCAGUAAUAUCCAAGGCGAAAUAGUUGCUCAUGAUUUAUUUAUUUUACUCAGGCUUUUGCCUUUAACAUUAUCCCCAACACAGUCUUUUAAAAGAAUUAUUUCUUUUAUCCAAGCCUCCGUAAAUUCAGAAUUAUGUUCUUCCCAGUUUCUUCAACUAACUUGUCUUCUUGACUGAUCUCUUAGUACCUCUUAAUGCAUGUUUUCCCAUACACCUCAAUCUUAAGUGUAGUUUAAAUAUCCUCUUUAAAAGUUUACAAUGUUUAAGGAGUCAUUCUGUGCCUGUUAUUAACUUUUCUCUCUGUAAAGUGUGAGCUACUCAAUAUGUUGAUGUGCCAAGAAGGACAUCGCAUUGUUCUAUGUGUGCCAGAUGAAAAAAAAAGUCUUAAGUACCUCUAAGAGCUUUUAUUUUUGGAACUUUGUGGAAAUUUUCCAGACGACUGCAGUUUGUAAAUGUUUUGUUUGAUGCCUGUGUGUGAUUUCUUACUAUUUUCUUGUUUUUAGGUUUGUGGCACCGCCAGGCAGCAUGUUUGAAACCAUUGAGAAUGAAAUGACUGUGAUGCUUUUGGUGUUGCAAAUAAAUCCGUUAGUUUUAA